CAAUAAUUUAAUUUAGACACCCAAUGUUCUUAAGUAAGCAAGCUUUAGAAGAUGAAAUGGAGCAUGACCCAUUCAAGGGGAUGUUCGAUGACUCAGUCAUACCAGAAUUUGGCCAGGCCCUACAAAAUCUGGACAAUUCUGGAGAUUUGUCACUGGAAGUAUUCUCACCUAAGACAAUCGGGCAAGAGGAGAGCAUGGUCUGAACUGAGCAAGUAACAGAUAAGCAAUCUAAAAGGAUGAGCAGCAGGAUGCGGUCUCGUAAAGCCCGCCAGAGGAAGAAAAAGUACCUCAAAGAGCUUGAACUUAGGGUCAAAUAUCUUGAGAAAGAAAAUAUCCGGCUUCAAAACCUGGUAAACCUGAAAUAAGCUGGAAGAGGCUAAGGAUAUGAGCUUGGACUCCAGAGCUUUCACUUGUGACUUUGAACAACAAGUUAGAGAAGUUUGGUCUAAUAUAAUAGAUCUUAAUACUUUAGAUAAGAGGGAUGAAAACCCUCCUAUCAGUGAGAUGUAUGAUGAUAGUUUUAUGAAGAUUCUUGAGAAGCAUAAAGUAUUUAUAGACUCUGUGACUCGGAUGCUGGUCAACAACAUUCACUGAAAUGCCACUCCUCUCUACUGGAAAGACCUUUCUGAGAAAUAAAUACACUACUGACUACAGCAUCAUCAAGAAACUUAACAGUCUGACCAAGUAUCAGACACCAGAAUUUAUGGAAACCCAUAAAUUACAAGAAAUAGACCUAUUUGUUGCAUCACUAAACCCGACUAAGACUCAGUUUAACUUCUUGAAAAAUAUCUAUUUUAAAAAGGAAUCCGAAAUUAAGACUAAGUGCUUGCAAGCUAUCAAGAAAGUACUUGAUGCUAAGAGUCUGAUACAGGAGUCUUAUGUGGAGAACCACCUCUUGAUAGGCCUCCUUGCCAAGUCAGGAAUUUUUACUGAUGACCAAAUUAUUAACUCCAAAAUGAAGGAGACUAUACUUAGGAAGGAUAGGAAUUAUCAAGAUAUCUGGAGAGUCAAAUCUGUCCCCUACACAGUGAGGUACAAGCUCUCUCGGGACAAAACCAUAGGAAGGGCGGUCAGAAAGUACCUCCCAAAGGAAGACUACAACAAAGAUAUAGAAUUUAGCAGAUUUUAUGUAGAUGUUGCGUAACUCUCAGAAUUUAAGGAUUUUUAUUCUGGCUUAUAAAGUCCUUG